CAUUCGGUGACCAGUGUUCGCCGGGCCGCUAUUGGUAUAAGACGUGUCACGGCUCCACUCUUCAACCGCUCUAACCACGCGGGGAAUAAAUAUAAAUUUCUGCGCUGCAUUUUAAUUCAAAAUAACCCUAAUAUCCUCGUGUAUGCUGACACUUAUAAGAAAAUUUUGCACAAUGAAACCACCGACAAAUGCAGCGCUUUUACAUGAUGUGGACAUCCCUACAAAGAAGGCCACCUUCGGUAUGGGGUGUUUCUGGUCCAACGACUCAUUGUUCGGAGCUACACCAGGAAUCAUUCGCACGAGGGUCGGUUACGCUGGUGGAACCACCAAGAACCCUCAUUACAGAAAUAUAGGAGACCACACAGAAGUUAUCGAAUUAGACUAUGAUCCGAAAACGGUGACCUUCGAAGAGCUUCUCGAUAUAUUUUGGGCGAACCACGAGUACGGGCUCACAACUAAGCUCAAGAGACAGUACCAAUCUAUGAUUCUGUACCACGACGAGGAACAGCGCAAAGUAGCCGAACAGUCUUACAACAAGAUGCAGGCUAGAUGCAACGAACCCUUACGCACUGAGAUCGCGCCAGCGGACGCGUUCUACGCAGCGGAGGAUUAUCAUCAAAAAUAUAGAUUGCAAGGUCACAAAGAUCUCUGUCGGAGUCUAGGUCUGGACUCAUCUAAACUACAGACUUCCCAUCUAGCUGCUAGAUUGAACGGCUAUCUGGUGGGAGUGGGAGGCAGGUCUCAGUUCGAGGAGGAGGUCAAUAAAUUGGGUCUCAGCGAGAAACAAGCGGAUUACGUGCGUCACGAGAUAGAACGCAACGAAGGAGGAGGUCUCGCUUGCUGAUUUUUUUUUAUCGAGAGCUUGUGAUAUUUAAUGUUAUGUCAAAAUGUAAAUCUAUGGUCAUAGGCUGCUGUUUAAAUUUCGAACAUGGAAAUUAACGGCGAAAUUUUUUAAUAUAUUUUAAGCUAUAUCGAAGUUGCAAAGAGGUCUCAUAUAUCUUUAUAUAUUCCAAACAAUCCUGUAUUUAUUCAUCUUGGUCUGUUCUGAGCACAGCAACUGAUAUAAUUGCAAUAAUGUUUUAUAGAUAUUUAUCGUAUCAAUAACGGCAGCCUGCAUUUUUGUUGUUAUGUUAUAGGAAUCAUUCCAUUACUUUCUUUAUUGUCACGUGGUACACCGUCAUAUCCAUAUAAUGAUUAAGAAUACGAAAGAACUAGUUUUAAGUAAUUUCAGUAUUUAAUUUAAAGUAAAAAUAAUAAUGCCAUAAUCAGAAGUGAAAACUUUGGACUUCAAUUGUAUAUUCUUGGUCCGUCGUUCUGCUUGGAACUGUUGAAAAAAUAAAUACACGUACACA